AUGGAUCGACCAGCGGAGAUGAACAACAAGCCCACCAUCAUAGGGAUCUACGGCGUCCCGGGUUCGGGAAAGACUUCUCUUCUGAGGCUGCUGGAAACGGAGCUUCCGGGGGGGUCGUUCAGCUUUUACGAGGGUUCUACGGUUAUUGACAAGGUCUCGCCGGGGGGUCUGGCUGCCUUUAAGAAGAUGGAGCUGCCGGAUAAGGAGAUCUGUCGUCAGGAAGCUAUGAAGUUGAUUAAAGAUGAGUGUGUUGCCUCCGGCCGGAUUGGGAUUGUAACUGGCCACUAUAUGUUCUGGGAUGUGCCGACCCAGGACGCUGAGAUUGCCAUCACGUCGGUUGAUCUCAAGACCUAUACCCAUGUUGUGUACCUGAAUCAGCCUGCUUUUGUUGUUUCUCAACGGCGUGAACAUGACACGGAGCGCCAUCGUGACAGCCUCGCGAUCCCACACCUCCGAGAAUGGAUUGAUACUGAGGUCUCUGAGAUGACUACCCUCUGUCUCAAUCAUUCCAUUAUGUUCACCUUGUUACUGCCAUACUCUAUUGGGAAGAUCGCCGCUCUGAUUCAGGAUUUUGUGCGCCAUAACGAACACUACAACCAGACUGUGGCCGAUGAGCGCAUCGAUAAUGCCCUCGCCUCUCACCAGACGUAUCUCGAGAAGGUGCUGGUGUUUGAUGCUGAUCGCACUCUCGCUCCCAUCGACACCGGAAAGCAGUUCUGGAAACAGACCCCCGGAAGAAAAUGGAGCGUCUUGAAGGGAGUGUUCGGCAGCCAGCUCGGAUAUUCUUACUCCUCCUUCAGACAAGCCGCCUUGCUAUAUGAGCAGGAUGCCGAUGAUGUGGAGUACGAUGGAAUCUGCGACCAGGUUGCUGCCGAGGUCAACCUCUACCCGGAGAUUGCGAACCUUCUGCACUGUGCCUCGGCGAAGGAGCACAUUGGAAUCGUCGUCGUCACCUGUGGGCUGCGCCUGGUCUGGGAGAAGGUUCUGGAGCGAGAAGGCCUCUCCGAUACGGUCAAGGUUAUCGGUGGAGGGAGAAUCUCUGACGGCUAUGUCGUGACUCCUAGGGUCAAGGGGGCCCUGGUCCGGCGGUUGAGAGAUCGCCAUGGUUUGAAGGUGUGGGCGUUCGGGGACAGUCCUGUCGACAUCGAGAUGCUCAGGGGUGCGGACUACGCCACUGUCAUUGUCGGAGAUGAGAACAACAGGAGCCGGACCAUGGACGCUGCAUUAAUCACCGCCAUUGAGCAGGGCCUCCAGGCACACCAAGUCCUGCUUCCCGAGUCUGCACCACCACGUCUCGACACGAUAGUUCUCCCCGCUAUCAAACUCGACGAUCCUACCUUCCUCCAACCGCUCCUCGCAUCCAAUUUCCACCUCGUCCACGCGACCUCAAAACCGGCAGCCAAGCUGCUGCAGACUCCCAUGCGGGACGCCCAAGUGGUUGGUCCGGCUUUGCGCAAGGUCCACAAACGAGCAGGACUAUACCUUGCCAUCGAACACCUCAGCGAGGUGAUCGGCCUCGAAGAAUACAACAUCGCCCACGUCCAGGGCAACAUGACAACCGGUCACCAGCUAGCCGACGAAGCCCGCACCAUCAUCAUAGCCUUGAUGCGAGGCGGGCUGCCCAUGGCGGAUGGGAUCAACAAAGCCUUCAAAAAGGCGAGCAUGCUUCAUGCCUUUAAGGCCGAGGACAUCAAGGCCCGUCACGUCUUGGGGAAAUCCACCGUUUUGCUCGUGGACUCGGUCAUCAACAACGGUACCACUGUGAUUGAAUUCGUCAAUCAUAUUCGGGCCUUGAACAAGGAUAUCCGGAUUGUGGUGGUUGCUGGGGUCGUCCAGGCGAAAGCCGUUGCUCCUGAUGGUCCGUUGCGGAGGAUUGCUCGGAAUGGGACUCUGACGGUGGUUGCGUUGCGGCUUUCGGAGAAUAAGUAUAAGGGAACUAGGGGGACGGAUACUGGAAAUCGAUUGUUUAAUACGGUGAAUCUGGAUUAG